AUGGUCUGCAUCCAACAGCCAGACGGAAGUGUCACUCAGGUCAGCAAGGCAGAGAUUGUAGAACAACUCAACCAGAGUGAGAAGCUCUACAAAGAUCUCAACCAGACUUGGGAAGAGAAGCUGCAAAAUACAGAGCUUAUCCACAAGGAGCGCGAAGCAGCUUUGGAGGAAUUGGGAAUCAAUAUCGAAAAGGGCUUCAUUGGCAUGAGUACCCCGAAGAAAAUGCCCCAUUUGGUUAAUCUUAGCGACGAUCCCCUUCUUGCCGAGUGUUUGGUCUAUAACAUUAAGCCUGGUACCACAACGGUUGGUCAUAUGGAUCAGGGUCAAACCGUCGAGAUCCGAUUGAAUGGAUCCAAGAUCCUUGAGAAGCACUGCACUUUCGAGAAUGCGGAUAAUGUUGUCACCAUUGUACCUGCCGAAGGUGCCGCUAUCAUGGUGAAUGGCUUGCGAAUCGACAAGCCCACACGACUCAAGAGUGGUUUCCGAAUCAUCCUGGGCGAUUUUCAUAUUUUCCGAUUCAACCAUCCCCAAGAAGCCAGAGCCGAACGGGUCGAGCAGAGCUUACUCCGACAUUCAGUCACGACAAGCCAGCUUGGGUCGCCAGCUCCAAACAAAGCCCAUGAUCGAAAUCUUAGCAAGACAGGAUCUGACGUAGAUGCCGAUUCAUCCAGGGCGGAUUCACCCAUGCCCUCACAGCGUAACCGGGAGUCGGACUGGUUCUUAGCCCGCAGAGAGGCUGUCAGUGCUAUGGUUGGACCCGAUCAAAUCUCCAGUUUACCCGAUGAUGAACUGGACACACUGUUGGAGGAUGUGCAGAAGGUUCGAGCCGGACGGCGUGGGCUGCCGGAGGAAGAAGAUUCCGACUCCAUCAGCUCCUUCCCGAUUAGGGACAAGUACAUGUCAAAUGGGACCAUCGACAACUUUUCCUUAGAUACCGCUAUAACCAUGCCAAGCACACCUCGACAGAACGACGACGAUGAAGUCAAUGGCGUCGCAUCACUCAACCAGGCUCGUCAAUAUAUGCAGAAGCAGCUUGAUCGCCGCAAGGAAGAGUACCAAGAAAAACUCAAAACCGUGGGGGCUUCGUCUGACCCAGACUCGCCGGAGCUACGAACCGAGAAAGAGCGAAUGGAGGACGCCCUGCGAACGGCUAAAGAGGAAUUCGAAGAGCAACUGCGCAAACAAAAGGAGUCCUUUGAAACCCACAUCCGAGAUAUGGGUAAGCCAGUCCCUCAAAUUUUCGAAAAUGGCUUUGCCAAGUUGGAUGAACGUGAACUCGGAAUCGCGCGAUCAGUGUACAGCCACUGGUCCCAGCGAAAUUACGUCCGAAUGGCUGAGAAGAUUCUGCAACAUGCCUCCCUUCUGAAAGAGGCACAGAUAAUGAGCCAUAUCAUGGACAAGCAUGUGGUCUUCCAGUUUGCCAUCGUUGACCAUGGUCACAACAUGGAGUCGUCUUACGAUCUCGUUCUGAAUGGAAUUUCCGGCGACGACGACAUCAUGCUUGAUGAGGCCAAGAAGCCUUGUGUUGGUGUUCGAGUCAUCGACUUCAAGCAGUGUGUGAUUCACUUGUGGUCGAUUGAAAAGCUCCAGCGUCGCGUUCAAGCCAUGCGCCAAUUGCACCAAUACAUCGACCGUCCCGACUACAUCCAACACUUCAAACUUGACAAUCCAUUCUCUGAACCCUGCUCGCCCCAGUAUUCUCUUAUUGGUGAUGCCGACAUCCCACUAACGGCCGUGUUCGAAACCCGUGUGCAAGACUUUUCCGUCGAGAUCACCUCGCCAUAUACCCAGAGCGUCGUCGGAAUCGUUCGCCUCUCCCUCGAACCAUCCUCCGCGCAGGCGCCCUCUUCAACCUUGAAAUUUAACGUUGUCAUGCGGGACAUGAUCGGGUUCGCGGAGUGGGAAGGGUCCGAUGUACAUGCACAGUUAUUUGUUCCAGGUAUAUCAGAGGAGGGAGGCGCAACUACAACUCAGAUGAUCAGAGGAUUUGAGGAUGGUCCGGUUCGAUUUGAAAGUGUGCACAGCAUGAGCUUGCCGCUGUCCAGUCCACGGACAGCCGCAUUGAAGGUCUGUGUUUAUGCUGGUGUGACCUCGGUUCAUCUCGACAAGCUUCUUAGUUGGGAUGAUAUGCGAGACUCAGCGGAGCCUUUACCGCAGAAGCGAACUGCUCCUCGAAUUGCCGAGUCGGAAUUUUACUCGGAAGAACGUCACGAUGUCUUUGCGAGAAUUCAAAUACUAGAAAUGGCCGAAUCUGGUGAAUACCUUCCCGUGGAGGUUGUUCAGAGCAGCAGUCUCGAUGCCGGGACAUCCCAGCUUCACCAAGGAUUGCAGCGCCGUAUCUCGGUCAACAUCACGUAUAGCUCGACGGAGAGUCUUCCCUGGGAUGAUAUCAACAACAUCCGCGUUGGUUCUGUCCGCCUCCUCGAUCCGUGGGGCAAGAUCCCAGAUCAGGACUUCCAGACUCCAGACGUCCCCUUGAAAUUUGUUCAAGAUCCGACGGUCAGGGAAAACGCCGACGGAACCUCUCAUGUUACAAUUGUCGGCCAGUGGGACUCAAGUUUACAUGGAUCUCUUUUGCUCGACCGAGUGACCGCAGAAAAAUACCGUGUCCAGGUGACUGUCCGGUGGGAUCUUGUAUCCAGUCGUUUGCAGAACCCGGUCGUUUUCGAGGCAGACCAGACAAUUCAGAUCCAAGGCCGUACUUACGUCCGCCAACAGUCAAUGUUCAAGCAAUUCUGGAACUCGAUCCGUGUUGUGCACUCGACGACUCGCAUGUACUCGCUGGUUAUUCGGCCCAUUUCAGCUAAGCGUGCUGCUGAUCUCUGGCGUAUGAACACACAAAAUGACUAUGUGAAAGGCGAGGAACUGUUGAACACUUGGUCUCCUCGAAAAGUUUCUCUGGUACGCGACUACAUUGCCAACCGCAAGCGCCGGCAGCGUGUGGCAGAGCUUCAUGCUGCCCGAGGCGCUCUCAGCGCGGGCUGUCUCGUUCCAUCGCUGGCUCGUAGUGGCAGGUCAACUCCAAUGCGGGGGGCCGAUCUCAAUGAGCGCAAGUCCAAACUACUCCGAAAGUAUCUUGAUCUGUGGUCGCUCAAGCAGGACCCAACAGAAGCGAUCCUCAUCCGGAGCAACACCGAACCCCCUUCGGACGGAGCGGCGCAUAUAAAGCGCCCGGAUACCAACGGCCUCUCUGACAAACUUUCCCUCAAACCUCGUUUCACAGCCACCAUCCAAACUCUUCCCAAAGCCCCCGACGCCUUAAAAACGGGGUACGUGCUUACGCCUGAUGAUACCAACAGCGUUUGGGUGCGUCGUUUCGUGGAGCUUCGCCGGCCGUACCUCCAUAUCUACUCGGUCCCAGAGGGAGACGAGAUCAACGCCAUCAACCUGCGCAAUGCGCGUGUCGACCAUGCGCCCGACUUCGCAAGACUACUAGACGGCUCAGGAGCUGGAGCCGACCGUUCGCUGUCCGCCAAGGGCCGACCGAAUGUGUUCGCAGUCUAUGGAACCCAGAACACUUUCCUCUUCGCCACUCGCACCGAGGCACAAAAGGUGGAAUGGAUCUUGAAGAUAGACGAGAGCUACUUCAACAGCAACAGCCCCAGACCCCCCGCCAAUGGCGACUAA